CCCGGAAGGCGGCCACGUCUACCGGAAGAUGGGGGUGCGCUACCGAGCCCGUUCUGGGGUGUCGCAGUGACCGUUGUUGCCCGGUGCCCCCUUACAGUGUCCCUCGGGACGGGGAGUUCCCGCUGGGAGGAGCAUAUGAUCGUGAAAUUUUAAUUUUAGAGAGUUUAUCGACAGACAUCCAUCAUGUCUUGGCUUGCUGAUCUUGCUGGAAAGGCAGAAGAUCUACUCAACAGAGUUGAUCAAGGAGCUGCAUCAGCUCUGAGCAAAAAAGACACAGCAAACAGUGCCGUUUAUGAUAAUAAGAAUUUGGACACUUCCAAUGAAUACUCUGAAUUGCACCAGCAUACUGGAGAACUGAAUUAUCAGAUACCAUCCAAAGCAUCCUUCAUCUCCUCAGCAGCUGAUAACAUUAAGCAUCAAAAGGCCACAAUCCUAGGCAGAACAGCAAAUGUUAAACCAGCACGCAGGACAUCUUUGGAAGUUGCAUCUCCAGUAGAAGGUGUUUCCACACCCAGAGCUGCCUCACAAUUUGUGAGAAGAAAAAAGUCAGAACCUGAUGAUGAGUUGCUAUUUGAUUUUCUUAACAGUUCAGAGAAAGAGCCUAAUGGAAGGAUGGAUUCUAAAAAAGACAAGAGCAAGGCACCUGUUCUUCAAAAUCACUCUCGGACUUCGAUCGUUAGUUCUGUGUCUACCAGUACGCAGAGUGCAAAAACUGCUGAAGAUAAUUCCAUUAGGAGCCAAGGCAAUGGUAGUUCAAUAAUAUUGAACCUAGAUAUAGUUAGACCCAAGUAUGUCCAGGAAACCCCGGACAGUUCAGAUUCUGGACUCGGAGCACAAGGGGAUGGGCUGAAGGAUUCAUCACUAAGUGAAGUAGCUAGUCCUAGCCUUUCAGCUAAUGAUGAUUUGAAAUCACAUGAGCUAUCCAAUCUUCGCCUGGAGAAUCAGCUGCUGCGGAAUGAAGUUCAGUCUUUAAAUAAAGAAAUGGCUUCAUUAAUUCAGAGGUCUAAAGAAACACAAGAAGAACUGAACAAAUCCCGGGAAAGGGUCGAGAAGUGGAAUGUUGACCAAUCAAAGAGUGACAGGAUGGUUAGAGAACUUCAAGCUCAAGUUGAUGAUCUGACAGAAGCUGUUGGUGCUAAGGAUUCACAGCUAGCUGUGCUGAAAGUACGGUUGCAAGAAGCUGAUCAGUUGUUAAGUGCUCGAACUGAGGCUUUGGAAGCAUUGCAGAGUGAAAAAUCACGGAUAAUACAAGACCACAGUGAAGGGAGCAGUUUGCAAAAUCAAGCCCUUCAAACUCUUCAAGAGCGGCUGCGUGAUGCGGACUCCGCACUCAAACGAGAGCAAGAAAGUUACAAACAAAUGCAGAAUGAGUUUGCGGCUCGUCUAAGUAAAAUGGAAGUAGAACGUCAAAACUUGGCAGAAGGGAUCACUGUAGCAGAAAGGAAGUAUUUAGAUGAAAAGAGGAGAGCUGAUGAGCUUCAGCAGCAAGUCAAAGUAACUAAAAACCACCUAGAGUCUGCGAAACAGGAAAUGACAGACUAUAAACAGAAAGCUACUCGCAUACUCCAAUCUAAAGAAAAGUUGAUAAACAGCUUAAAAGAAGGCUCUGGUAUUGAAGGCCUGGAUAACAGUACUGCAAACACAGUGGAACUAGAAGAGCUGAGACAUGAACGAGAUACUCAGAGAGAAGAAAUACAAAAACUAAUGGGACAAAUACAACAGAUGAGAACGGAGCUGCAGGAUAUGGAGACUCAGCAGGUAAGUGAAGCUGAGUCAGUGAGAGAGCAGCUUCAAGACCUACAAGAGCAAAUAGCAGCACAUAAAUUGGCCAAGCAAGAGGCAGAAGCUGAACUUGAACGGCAGAAACAGGAACUUCAUUAUACUGAAGAAGAAUUGUAUCGAACAAAGAACACUUUGCAAAGCAGAAUAAAAGACAGAGAGGAAGAAAUUCAGAAGCUCAGAAAUCAGCUGACAAACAAGGCUCUAAGUAGUAGUAGUCAGACUGAGUUAGAAAAUCGGCUUCAUCAGCUGACAGAAACACUAAUUCAGAAGCAGACCAUGUUAGAGAGCCUGAGCACAGAAAAAAACUCACUUGUCUAUCAACUGGAACGACUUGAGCAACAGCUGAAGGCUAUUCAAGGCACUAGUAAUAACGGAUCUUCCAUUAAUAUGUCAGGCAUUGAUGGUGCUGAAGGUGCUCGUAUGCGUAAUGUUCCUGUCCUGUUCAGUGACGUGGAUGCUAACAUGGCAGGAAUGUAUGGGAGAGUUCGCAAAGCUGCCAGUACUAUAGAUCAGUUUAGCAUUCGGCUGGGAAUCUUUCUAAGGCGGUAUCCCAUAGCAAGAGCCUUUGUAAUAAUUUACAUGGCACUGCUUCAUCUCUGGGUCAUGAUUGUUCUGCUUAGCUACACCCCAGAAAUGUAUGACAGUCCAAGUGGCAGAUAGACUGAGACAAGGCCAUAUGCUGUGCUAAUGUGAUUCAGAAUGGGAGUGCCUUUAGAAUAAUCAGUCCUGAAAUAUCAGCAAACUUUUCCUCAUGGUGUUUAGGAAGAAUGAAAACCAUCAUGCCUGAUUUAUCACUACUUUUCAAAUACGUAUAUAAAAUUACGUAGCUUUUUCAAUUUACCUAAAGGAACAUCGCUUUCCUGGAGAAAUAAAACUAUUAAGUUAAACUGUGGUUAGCCUUUAAAUCUUCUCAUGAUUAGAGUAAAAGAUAAGGCUUGCACCUGCGGAGAAAUGCAAGGAUUUCUGACAUUGCAGGUAUACAUGGUACAAAUUAUUUUAGAUCAUACUGGAUGUGGGCUGUGGUCAGCUAAUGAACUGUACUUAGCAAUUUAAAUAAACUUAUUCUUUCUGGUUUCUUUCAGUCUGCUUUUGCACUUCUGUUUUUACCUUUGUAAAUAGUAGGCUUUUCCUUAACAUACUCAACUGAAAAAAGGACAAUGGAUUGGUGCAAUAUCUUUUUGUACAUAAGUUUACAAACAAAAUAUUAUGCAUUCUUCUUAGCUUUGUACUUCUAGUGCAAUAGAUGUAUUUUUCCUACCAGCUGAAUAGUGCGGCUGCCUAUUUACAGGCUGGUGUUUUAGCUUUAUUACAGAAAGAGAGAGAUGGUUUUGAGAAAGGUUUAAACUCUUUAGAAAUAAGGGUGUUUCUUUUUGCACUUGAACUUUAUAUAUUUUAACUGCUUUUUCGUAUACCUCUCAUUAUUACAUGUCUGAAUCAGAUCUUAUAUUCAUUGAAAUACUUAUUUUCUAAAGCUUUGGGUACUUAAUUAAAACUUUCUAUACAAAAUCAUCAAAACAUCGAAAAUUUCUCAUGUCUAAACACUUAACAACAAUACUAAUAAAAAACCUAAUAAAAUAUUUAUUGUAAAACCCAUAAUGCCAAACCUACUGUAAUAGUUCUAUUGCUAGACUGUGACAUUCUGUAAUUACAAAUUAUCAAUACACAAUAAUGCAAGGUCACUUUCUUUCCCUAGGAAAUGUCUUGUUUUCAUGUGUGGUGCUCAAAGCUGAGUAAUGAAAAGAUGAGUACAAGCAGUCUGUCACUCCUGCGCUUAAGAAUAUGGCUCAGUUUUCAUGUGUCUUGAACACACUAAGCAUUAGGUCCUGUGCAUGAAGUCUGUCCUGCUAAGUCCUAUGGAAAUGUUACAGUAGCUGAAUGACUGUAUUGCUGCUCUGAUUCAGAUAUUGCAGAGAAAACUGAAAUGUUUUGAUGAACUCAGUAAUAAAAGAGCAUUUGCUGUAA